GUUCGGCGGAAUAUUUAAUGCUUGAAGCCAACACUGAUCAGCAAUCCUCAAUUAAUUUUAUUUCUCUGUUUUGCAGAUAUUUGUAGAUUUUAUUUUGCACGGAUUUUCGUUUAGCUAAGCCACUUACAACUCAACUUGCUUUUCCCGCGUUCUCGGAUUUCAGAAAUGGAUGUUGCUCAAACACAAGUCCGAACUAUUAGGGUUGUUGAUGUCAUCGCAGAAGAGUGUCAGAGGCUUUUUCACCACUUUCUUGAAACCUUCAAGGAAAACGAUGUCUUAAAAUAUGUUGAGGCAGCAAACGCCUUAAAGAAACUUGAAAAGAAUACAUUGUCUGUUAACUUUACUGAUAUCAUAGUUUCUGACACAAAGCUAUCCGGUUUGAUACAGGAUGAUUUUUAUCGACUGUAUCCAGCCCUAUGUGCAGCCACCAAAAACUUUGUUAAUGACCAUGUUCCAGAUACACAAAAUUCAGGAAGGGACUUCUAUGUUAGCUUUACCGAUGUUCCUAGCCUCCACAGAAUGCGAGACCUUACGGCAGGUCAGCUUGGAAGAUUGAUUAAAGUACGUGCUCAGGUAGUUAGAACACACCCUGUUCAUCCUGAGCUUCUGAUGGGCACUUUUCGUUGCUCCGAAUGCAAAAUUGUAAUAAGGAAUGUGGAACAACCUUUCAAGUAUACACAGCCGACUAUAUGUUUUAAUCCUCAAUGUGGGAACCGUCUGAAGUUCGAACUACUAACGAAUGAAUCGAAGUUUGUUGAUUUUCAAAAGGUUCGUGUUCAAGAAACCCAGUCUGAACUGCCACGUGGUAGUAUCCCACGCAAUCUUGAGAUUAUUUUGCGUGCAGAUACAGUGGAUUUAGCUCAACCUGGUGAUCGAUGUGAAUUCAUUGGAACCCUCAUCGUUAUUCCAGAUAUCGGACAACUAGCCACACCUGGUGACAGAUCUUUAGAAUCUAAGCCAUUACGUGGACGAGAUAAUCAGGAAAUCAGUGGUGUGACUGGUCUAAAAGCUUUAGGAGUACGUGAAUUAUCCUACAGGACGGCAUUUUUAGCAUGUACCGUUAUUCCCUCUAAUGGAAGGUACCUGCCAUCCGAUGACUUGGAAGAGGCAGACGCAAUAUCGUAUGAAGCUCUCUCAAAAAGACUGACUGCUUCUGAAUUAGAUACAAUUUGUCAAAUGAGUCAAGACCGUAAACUUCUCACCAACAUGUGCAAGUCUCUUUUUCCUACUAUUCAUGGUGCUGAAGAAGUGAAGAAGGGAAUCUUGUUGAUGCUUUGUGGUGGUGUGCCAAAGGUUACUGAAGAAAAAACUCAUCUUCGCGGUGAUUUAAACGUCUGUCUAGUGGGUGAUCCGAGUACAGCAAAGUCUCAGUUUUUGAAACACGUUGAGCGAUUUUCUCCACGUGCCGUUUAUACCAGUGGUAAGGCUAGUUCUGCAGCAGGGUUGACAGCUGCUGUUGUCAGAGAUGAAGAAUCUUUUGAAUUUGUUAUUGAAGCUGGGGCACUGAUGCUUGCAGACAAUGGUGUUUGUUGUAUAGAUGAGUUCGACAAAAUGGAUUUAAAAGACCAAGUUGCUAUCCAUGAAGCUAUGGAACAGCAGACAAUCAGCAUUACAAAAGCCGGUGUAAAAGCUACAUUGAAUGCACGCACUUCUAUCCUUGCAGCAGCUAAUCCUAUCGGUGGUCGAUAUGACAGAUCAAAAUCUUUACGGCAGAACAUUGGUUUAUCCGCUCCUAUUAUAUCUCGAUUUGAUUUAUUUUUCGUAUUAAUCGACGAAUGCAAUGAUAUUGUGGACUACGCUAUCGCACGUUCAAUUGUGGAUUUACAUAUGGGAGUACAUGGUGAUCAUGAUACUCAUACCGUCUACUCUCUCGAUAAUAUUCGUCGCUAUAUUGCUUUUGCUCGUUGCUUUAAACCCAAGAUUAGUGCUGAAGCAAUGGAAUGUAUGGUUGAGGAAUAUAAAAAAAUGCGUCAGCGCGACGCCUCUAGCGGGACAAAGUCUGCCUGGCGUAUUACCGUCAGGCAAUUGGAAAGCCUUAUCCGUCUUUCAGAGGCUACCGCAAGACUCCACUGUGCAGAUACUGUGACACAAAAUCAUGUUCGUGAGGCGUUCGCCUUAUUAAACAAAUCUAUAAUACGCGUUGAGCAACCUGAUAUUAAUUUAGAAGAAGAUGAACAACCCCAUCAACCAGAUGCUUCUGAAACACCGCUUACAGAACAGCAAACAGCAGAUGCGGACACAGCAGCAGCAGGCCAUUUGCGAGUAACAUAUGAUGAAUAUAGACGCAUCGCUAGUCUAUUAAUUCUAAAGGCACGAAAUUGGAGUGAGUCCUUGGCGUCCGAAGCUGCAUCCGAUCAGACAGCAGGUGCCCCGAAAAAGAGUGAAUUGGUAAACUGGUAUUUGGAAGAAGUGGUUGAUGAAAUUGAAACAGAAGCACAGUUAACGGAAUGUAAACUUCUAGUAGAACGCAUAAUCGACCGUCUAAUAAAAAAAGAUAAUAUUUUGAUAGCUAUUGGCGGCACAGGACUAGACGCCUCUUCUGAUACAACAGAUCCUUAUAUCGUCGUGCACCCGAAUUAUGUAGAGUGAUUCGGAGUGGUUUCACUGAGAAGCUCUUAUGUGUUCAUGUUUUUUAUGAUAAAGAUAACUAUUAUUAUUAUUAUUUAAUAAACUCUUCACUAAGUGUUCCUUAUUAUGUGGUUAUGAGAAAAAGUAGGUAUACAAGAAAAGAUAAUUUAUUUCG